AUGGCUGAUGCUGAGAAGGAUUUGGAGACUAUCCAUCAGCUGGAGAUGGAGAAGACUCACCUGACAAAACACGUAGAGAAGCUGAAAGGAUCAUUGGAGGACAUGGAGAAACAGCUCCUUGAUAAACUGAUGCAGUGUGUUGAACUUUUGAAUGAGCGAGAGGCUCACAGCAUCCUUCAAGCAGAGAAUGAUGAGAUGAAGAAGACCAUCACUCAGCUGGAGGAGAAGAAGAAGAUUCUGAUUCAGAAUGAGGAGUUACUGAAGCUUGGUCAGGCUGAAGGUGAGGAGAAACAUCAGAAGGAUGUGGAGACCAUAACUCAGCUGCAGAAGGAGAGGUCUGACCUGACAAAGCAGGUGGAGAUACUGAGAGACACAGUAGAGGAAUUGGAUAAGGAGUUCGUUGAGUCUAUCAUAGAGUAUGACGAGCUAACGAACGACACUCUGGCUGAUGCUGAGAAGGAUUUGGAGACUGUACAUCAGCUGGAGAUGGAGAAGACUCACCUGACAAAACACGUAGAGAAGCUGAAAGGAUCAUUGGAGGACAUGGAGAAACAGCUCCUUGAUAAACUAUUGCAGUGUGUUGAACUUGUGAAUGAGCGAGAGGCUCACAGCAUCCUUCAUGCAGAGAAUGAUGAGAUGAAGAAGACCAUCACUCAUCUGGAAGAGAAGAACAGUGAGAUGAAGAAGACUCUAAUUCAGAAAGAGGAGUUGCUGAAGCUUUGUCUGGCUGAAGGUGAGGAGAAACAUCAGAAGGAUGAGGAGACCAUAACUCAGUUGCAGAAGGAGAGGUCUGACCUGACAAAGCAGGUGGAGAUACUGAGAGACACAGUAGAGGAAUUGGAUAAGGAGUUCUUUGAGUCUAUCAGAGAGUAUGACAAGCUAACGAACUCCACUCUGGCUGAUGCUGAGAAGGAUUUGGAGACUAUCCAUCAGCUGGAGAUGGAGAAGGCUCACCUGACAAAACACGUAGAGAAGCUGAAAGGAUCAUUGGAGGACAUGGAGAAACAGCUCCUUGAUAAACUAUUGCAGUGUGUUGAACUUGUGAAUGAGCGAGAGGCUCACAGCAUCCUUCAAGCAGAGAAUGAUGAGAUGAAGAAGACCAUCACUCAUCUGGAGGAGAAGAACAGUGAGAUGAAGAAGACUCUAAUUCAGAAGGAGGAGUUACUGAAGCUCAGUCAGGCUGAAGGUGAGGAGAAACAUCAGAAGGAUGUGGAGACCAUCACUCAGCUGGAGAAGGAGAGGUCUGACCUGACAAAGCAGGUGGAGAUACUGAGAGACACAGUAAUGGAACUGGAAAACGAGUCCUUUGAGUUUGACAGAGAGUAUGAGCUAAUGAACGAGUGUGAGCGAGAGUGGGAGGUUCACAGCCUCCUUCACACAGAGUAUAAUGAGAUAAAGAAGCUCAGUCAGGCUGAAGGUGAGGAGAAACAUCAGAAUGAUGUGGAGACCAUCACUCAGCUGCAGAAGGAGAGGUGUGACCUGACAAACCAGGUGGAGAUACUGAGAGACACAGUAGAGGAAUUGGAUAAGGAGUUCGUGGAGUCUAUCAUAGAGUAUGACGAGCUAACGAACGCCACUCUGGCUGAUGCUGAGAAGGAUUUGGAGACUAUCCAUCAGCUGGAGAUGGAGAAGACUCGCCUGACAAAACAUGUAGAGAAGCUGAAAGGAUCAUUGGAGGACAUGGAGAAACAGCUCCUUGAUAAACUGAUGCAGUGUGUUGAACUUGUGAAUGAGCGAGAGGCUCACAGCAUCCUUCAUGCAGAGAAUGAUGAGAUGAAGAAGACCAUCACUCAGAGUCAGGCUGAAGGUGAGGAGAAACAUCAGAACGAUGUGGAGACCAUAACUCAGCUACAGAAGGAGAGGUCUGACCUGACAAAGCAGGUGGAGAUACUGAGAGACACAGUAGAGGAACUGGAUAAGGAGUUCUUUGAGUCUAUCAGAGAGUAUGACGAGCUAACAAACUCCACUCUGGCUGAUGCUGAGAAGUAUUUGGAGACUGUCCAUCAGCUGGAGAUGGAGAACACUCACCUGACAAAACACGUGGAGAAGCUGAAAGGAUCAUUGGAGGACAUGGAGAAACAGCUCCUUGAUAAACUAUUGCAGAGUGUUGAACUUUUGAAUGAGCGAGAGGCUCACAGCAUCCUUCAUGCAGAGAAUGAUGAAAUUAAGAAGACCAUCACUCAUCUGGAGGAGAAAAAUACUCAGUCUGGCUGAAAGUGUAGAAAGGAAGAAGGAUGUGGAGACCAUCACUCAGCUGGAGAAGGAGAGGAGUGUGAACGAGAGUGGGAGGUUCACAGCCUCCUUCAGAGUGAGUAUAAUGAGAUGAGGAAUAUCCUGAUUCACAUGGAGGAGCUACAAAAGAAACAGGACCAACCACUUGGGUUCAGUGAGAGACGGGAUCCACAUCAGGAUCGGUGUGAUUUCCUUGUGAAAAUACACAAAGAAGUGACUCUGCAACUGACAGAAAAUAAGAAUAAAGAAAGAAAGAAUAUAAAAAAUGUUUCCUAAUGUUUCAUUCUGAUGAUUGAUGUGAACAUGAACUUGAGUUUACAGUCAGUGGUAAGAUUAUUUAUGGUAAGAGUAAUGGUUCUGUGGCAGUGGGUCGCUGUGCUGUAGUAAAGAAAAAAUACAGCUGUAAUAAUGUUGUGUUGUGGAAAUUUUGAGAAAAUAUCACACUGGUA